CAUCAUAAAAAAGUGUCUUCUAAAUCAAUGAAUGUCCCAUAUCUCGUUUUCUACUAAUAAUUGUAAUGCUUUGAAAGGCUGAAAAUUAUAGUAAUACAGAGCAGUCAAGGAAAACAAUAAGUUACACGAAUAUUAGAGCAGAUGGGCGAAAAAGGUCGUCAUAGAUCAAAUCUGAACGUAUAGAUGAAAAGCGCUCUGAAGCGCGUUCCCUCUCUGUUGUUCCUGCUAUUGCCGUAAUUAUAGUAAUACACGCGCAUAUAAAUUUCACUCGCGGCUGGCUUGACGGUGUUUUUCUGAAGUGCGGCUGGCUUGACCGCAGUGAGAGAUCCCGCCUGAACUUCCUCUGACUGACGUCAGCCUCUCCGCUCCGGACACCGCGCUGAGGAAAAUGCUUCUCUCCGUAGCGCCAAGGACGGGAAUCAACCCCUACAACGGAUACAACAGCAGAAACAGCAAAAAGCAAGCCUAUGUGUCCUCUAGCCACCAGAUGGCGCUGCCCAGUCCCAACACCAACAGCAGCAGCUCGAGUAGUGCGGGAGGCGGGGAACAGCUGAGCAAAACCAACCUGUACAUUCGAGGGCUACAUCCGGGGACCACUGACCAAGACCUUGUCAAGCUCUGCCAACCGUAUGGAAAGAUUGUGUCCACCAAGGCUAUUCUGGACAAAACUACCAACAAGUGCAAAGGCUAUGGCUUUGUGGAUUUUGACAGUCCUGCAGCAGCACAGAAGGCUGUGACGGCGCUCAAGGCCAGCGGGGUUCAAGCUCAGAUGGCCAAGCAACAGGAACAGGACCCUACCAACCUGUACAUCUCUAACCUGCCCAUGUCCAUGGACGAGCAGGAGCUGGAGGCCAUGCUCAAAUCCUUCGGUCAGGUGAUUUCCACACGGAUCUUACGGGACGCCAGUGGAACCAGCAGAGGCGUAGGAUUCGCAAGGAUGGAAUCCACAGAGAAAUGUGAAGCCAUCAUUCAGCAUUUUAAUGGAAAAUAUAUCAAAACCCCACCUGGAGUGCCAGUACCUACAGAACCGUUGUUGUGCAAGUUUGCUGACGGAGGACAAAAGAAGCGACAAAACCAAGCAAAGUACCUACAGAACGGCCGAGCCUGGCCUAGAGAUGGUGAAACGGGAGGAAUGACGCUCACGUAUGACCCAGCGGCCUUACAGAACGGGUUUUAUUCUCCACCGUACAGCAUCACUCCAAACCGAAUGAUCGCUCAGACCUCUCUGUCUCCAUACAUGCCCUCACAAGUACCAUCCUACCAGGUGCACAGCCCGUCCUGGAUGCAUCAUCAGUCGUACCUCAUGCAGCCCACCGGGGCCGUUCUGACUCCAGCUAUGGAUCACCAGAUGUCCAUUCAGCCCACGUCUAUGAUCGGACCCCUGACCCAGCAGCUCGGUCACCUGUCGCUCGGCAGCGCUGGCACGGUUGGGGCCUAUUACCAUCAAUUUAGAUAUAUACCUAACGCAGCUAUGCAAGGAUCGUAUAUCCCUCAGUGCACCCCAGUGCCUCCCUCUACUGUUACAUUAGAGGAAAACAGUGGACAGCAGCAGCAGCUUUCCAUGGAGACGCCUUCAGAACACACUAAUUAUUCCUAUCAGCACAGCAAAUGAAGCUACGGUCCUCUGGAGGUGCUGCUCCGCGCUCUGGACACUCGGGGUUUACCACAGACAGAGUCCCAGAGCAAUCCGGAUCUUUUGUAGGACAUCACUCAUCUUUUGUUCGACUCCUCUCUCUCUUCAGGAGUCACUCAGCCAACGGCGGGAGACUGUGCAAAAGAGCUAGCAAUCUUUCAUCUAUUUUGAUAACAAAACCAAAAAAAAAGUGUAAAAAAAAACAAAACAAAACAAUGCUGAUUAAAAAAAGGGUAAGGCAAACACAAUGUGUUCUUUUAUGCACAAAAUGGCAAAUUCUUAUUUUUAAGUACCAAUUCUUUAAUAUGGGAGGAUAAAAAAAGAAAAAGUUAAAAAUGAGAAUUUUGUUUGUAAAAUAUGCAACUUUUUAAAAAGAAAUUCUUUUUUUCUUCUUUUUUUUGUCAGCAGCAGAAAGAUAUUUUUGUACAGAUUAAUAUGCAAACAGUGCGUUUUGUUUGUCCUCUUUUAGAAUUUGUUGUUUAAUAUUUAGGUGUUUUGUUAAAAACAUAACAAAAACAUUUAAAGCCACUUCUUCUUCAUGCUGCACCAUUUUAAGAAUCUUCCAAGAAAUAGUGAUGAAAUCACUCUAAUUCAAUCUUCACAGACAAUCAUUAAUUUAUUACUUAUUACAGAGUUUGGUGCACAAUAAACCUUUGUCUUCAAGCUCAUAUAAAAUAUUAGAUGCAUAAAUAGCAAUUCUCCAGUCAUGUGUGUUUUCUUUUUAAUUAGUAAUGAAAAUUAAUCUGAAUUUUUUUAAAAGGUAUUUUAUGAGGAACAUUUUAAAUCGAAUUAUUACCUGUGGAACAGUUUGUGCUUGACAUUACAGUGUUCAGGAUCAAAUCCUUUUUUUGCAAAUUGAAAUUUUUUACAAUAAAUUAUUUUCUAAUUCUGUAUCCUCUUGAUACUGUAGCUAAAGUAAGAGAUAAAACUGAUUAAGUAUUUUUAUACAGUAAUGAAAUCAAAUAUGGCUGGUUUUUGUGUCUAAAUGUGCAUGGUAAUAAUGCACAUAUGGGCUCCAUUGGGUUACAGUACAGUAGUUUCGAGGAAGUGACUUUAAGUGCUUUGUUAAUAUCAAAAAUAGUUCAUAAAAGUGAUGAUAACACAUGACUUGAUGAAGUUUCCCAGUACCACACUGCUAUAACUCUAUAAUAUUUCUCUUCGUGCUGUAGUUAAGCAGAAAUGUGUCAUUUAAGAGUAUAAAUCAAUCCAUCAAACACCUGCAGUAGGAGAAUAUAAUCAUGAAAAGGGAAGGAAAUCAAGGCAUUUGGUUUCUAUCUGGCUUACUUUUUAUGCAGGUUUUGUAGAUUAUGAAUUAAAAACAAGAAUCAUAGUAUCAAGUUUAUUUUUACUACCAUAUUGACAUUCUUUAUUUCCAUUCUUCUUAAUAAUCCAAUAAUCCACAAGUGAUCCAGUCCAUCAAUGAUCGAAGAGAAAAGCUUGCUGGAUGUGUUUCAUCUUUUGUCUUCUCCAGAUGUUCACUGAUGGACUGGAGUGCUGUGGAUUAUUGUGAUGUUUUUAUCAGCUGUUUGGACUCUCAUUCUGACGGCACCCAUUCACUGCAGAGCAUCCAUUGAUGAGACACUGAUGCAAUGCUACAUAUCUCCAAAUCUGUUCCCAAGAAGAAAGAAACUCUACUAUAUCUUAGCUUUUUCAGAUGUUUUGUAAAACAAGACCAAGAAGCUGUUUUGCCGUGUGUCAGGUCGCCGUGUCUUCAUCAGCUUGUGUGUUAUCGUGGCUUUGGUUCUGUGCAGUGCAGAGAUUUGUAGAAAUAACUUCCAAAUGGUGCUGGGGUUAUACAUGAGACAUGUAUAGCAGGAGAAACGAUUAUAUGGAACAGAUGUUUAGGAUCGAGAAGGACAGAAGCAGUUCUUCAGCGUGUGUAGUCACUUUCUUCCUUCAUGCUGCUGUUUUUUUUUUAUUUUUCAUGAUUUGUUUUCACUGAUGUGUUUUGUUUUAUCUUCUGUGAGAUUAGCUGUAGUGUUUGGGCAACGCUUUACUUUCUGAAAACUGUUUCGAUGAUGAAUUUGUCUGGUUGUGUGUGUAUCGGUUGCUGUUCCUUUUUAAAUCCCAGAUUAAUAGGAUUGUUUUUUUUUGUUUGUGUGCAAAGGAAAGACUUUUUCUUGAUUUUCUUUAAUGUUCUUCUCUGUGCUGUUUGUUGUUUUACUUGAAAUGUACUGUCUUGGUCAAUCACGAUGCACUUCUAAAAGAGUUUGAAUAUCCAAAAUUAUUAUUAUUUUUUUUUAUAUCAUUGAUGAAAAACACCUACAUAUGUUAUAAAUGUCUUUACACUCUUAAGAAUAAAGGUGCUUCACAAUACCAUAGAAGAACCUUAAAUGGUUCCAUUAAGAACCUUUAACAUCUGAAGAACCAGAAAGCUUCUUUUUUGGUUCUUCAGAUUAUAAAAAGCAAAGAAAGAGAUGGUUCUUUAAAGAGACUUAAACCGAAUGGCAUCGCUGUGAAGAACUGUUUAAAGCACUUUUAUUUGUAAGAGAGUAGAAGAAUCACUCUUCUGUAGGAUAGAAACACAAGGGCUCAUGUUAUAACACUAAAGGCACGGGAUGCAGUUCUUACUUCCUUCGUUUCAGGGCUUCCCCUUGGUGCAUUUUACAUUUUAUGACCUUGAUCUGAAAACUAUUCAAUGGUGUUCAUUAAGAGACUCUUCUCCGUCCAUGAAAAUAGCUGCUAGCUUGAUUACCUUCUAGGAUAGUUUGACAUUACAUUCAAAGAAGUUGUGUUAUUGAAACGGAUCAAUACCUCUUUACCAGUUUACCGUCACUCAGGCUGAAAUCUAUUGGCAGUCAUUGAAAUCUUUGUGAUACACUUGUCUUUAGAUUCCCAAAGAAUGGAUUCGUUCCAGCUACCAAAGAUACGCCACCAAGAUACAAUAAAAAACAAACAAAAAUCCAUGCGUGAGUGAUUAAGUUACUGAUGAGUUUGUCAGAAUCACCUUUUUCCAUUACUUUGACUUCUGGUCCUUCGUCCACUUUUCAGUGUGAUUUUACUGUUAAUGUUUUUAGUCAGAUCUUCUGUACUAAAGUUAUUUCUUAUGCAAUUCACCUCAUGAAGGAAAAUGGGAUUUAUUUCGAUAAAUCGUUUCAUCCAUUAUUAACACAAAACAUUAAACAUGGUUUUGAAACUAUGAAAUGUGUUUUUUAUUCAGAUUGAUUGCAUAUAUCUAAAUAUUCUCAUCGACCGGGUCAGAUUUUCAAAGAAGAGCUCAUUUCAUAGUUUCAAAAUGCAUUGCUGCUAGCAUGGGGUGUUCAGGCUGUUCACCAGAUGAAGCCAUAAACAACAGAACCAUUCAGUUAUUGUAGCGCCGCUGUCAUCCAAGUGCCUCAAGACGGGACCUGUGUUUAGUUGUUUUGGGUCGGUAGACAGUAUCCAGAUGUCUAGAGAUGGGAAGUUGUGAAGACGUCAGUACUGAAUACUGUUCUGAACAAAUGGCUUGUCUCUUGAACAGCUUUUUUAAACAUUCUUUAUUUAUACAAUAACACAUUUUGUACAGGUAUCUGGAAAACCAGUUUGGUUGCAUGUUAACCGGAGCUUCUAGCCGGAAAUCUGUCUUCCUGUGCCACAGUUUCUGAUUUUCUUGUACUUUUUUUUUUUUUUUUAAGAAAAAUUGCAACAACAAAAUGUUCUUCUGUUUUUGUUUGUGCCUUUUUAAACUGAUCUCUUGAAUUCCAUUUUUUUAAUAAAAUUUUGUUCGUA